AUGUGGGACAGUAUAAAGAAUGAAAUCAUACGAUCACAUCAUUACCGUGAGAACUUCUCAAAUCCUAUGAGUGAAUGGGUACGUUUUGUUUUGAUUUUAUGUAGUUUUUGACUUUUUGGCCAAUUUUUACGUUACCAAUUUAAAUUUUUAAGAUAAGCAUUUUAAUUUUUAAUUAUUUUUUUUAUUUAAUAAUUUUAAAAUAUUUCACUUUAAGUUAUUUGAAAAUUACAAUGGAAAAGGCGUUACAUUAAGCAUUGUCAUGCCACCGGUACUAUUUUUUAUUUGUAUGUUGGUCAGUUACUUUGGUAAUGGUAUGGUAAUUUUAGCUACAAUACGAAAAACGUAAGAUUUUCGUUUGAAAUUUUUGCUAAUUUUUCAUAUUUUUCUAAUUUUAAAUUACUAUUUAAAUUAAAAAAUUGUUAAAACUUUUAAUUCUUUUUUUUACUACAGUAAACUCCGCGGUUCCUACAACAUCUUCGUAAGCCUAUCAUGUCUAGGUGACAUUCUACAUCAGAACAGUCACUGGUUUUACCUUAUCAACAUGACCUCAGGCAAUAACUUUAUCCCAUAUCACUUAUGUUACUAUAUCAACUUGCUUAUGGUCCAAGGCGUCACUUUGAGCGUUUUUAUGACAUUUUUUGUUGGUGUAGACAGGUUAAUAGGUGUGACAUGUCCUAUAUUUUACUUGCAAAUCAAAACUCGAUAUGUUGCUGUAUGUUUAGCUUGUUCAAUUACUUUUGGGUUUUAUACUCAUUAUUUGGGGUAUCAACAACUUAACAGUCCUUUUGGUAAAGAGUAAGUUACUGUAUGUGGAUGUAAUUAAACAUGGGUAUACUUUAACAUUUACUGGUUUAUAUAAAGAUGAUUUUAGUUUUUUUAACAGAUAAGAUAAAGGAGGUUUGUAUAAAAAGUAAUGAGCUACUGAACCCAUGUGUAAAAAGUAAUUAGCUACUAAACCUUUGUAUUAAAAUUAAUGAGCUACUGAACUUUUAUAUAAAAAGUAAUGAGCUACUGAACUCUAAAACAACUAUGAGACAUAGCUCAUUACUUUUUAUACAAACUGAUACAAACCUCUAUAUUAAACUUUUCAGACCAGUCAUGUGUAGUAUAAUCGACAGCAUGGGUGCAGGCGCUUUACCAUGGUUUAACACAUGUGUACUACUUAAUAUACUAGAUGUACUCAUCUAUACGAUAGUGUGGAUACAGUUGAAAGUGAACACGAAAGCAAGCGAUACAAUGAGACGAGUAUUCAAGUCAUUACUGGUCAUGAUGAUGGUCGUCGGCUUUGGAUGGUUGAUCAAUGCGUUGGUACGAAGUGUCAUCAUACCAUAUGGUCAUAUCCCAGUCAGUCAGUGGUUCUUCUGGGCUUCGUACUGCGGAUUCUUGGUUAAUAUCGCCAGUACUUUGAACUUUUUCAUAUUGUUUUGGUUUAGGUAAGAUUUUAGAGGAGGUGUUUCUUUACAUUAUAGUUAUUUUACGUUACUUAUGGUUUAGCUUUUUACUAAAAAAAUUAAUUCAUCUUACUGCUUGAGUAUGAUACUACAUGGCAUCAAAAUUUAGAUGUUAUGUGUUAUUUUUAGCUCAGAAUACCAAGCAGCAUUCAUAUCUCUAAUACCAUGGCUAGCCAGGUUUCGAUCAUCAGACGUACAAGCCUUACCAUCAUCAUACAAUGAUAGGUCACGAUCUCGUGUUGAUCGCCUUCAUUCUAUUGUCAAAAAUGGAAGUUCAAGUCAGUAUGACAAUAUUUUGUGA